AGACAAACGAAAUCUUGUAACUCAUCUCUAGAUCCUUUCCGUCUUUAAAUUAAACCCACCUUUAACGCAUUUUCUUACCUAAACUAUUGAAUAUUUUAUUUUUUUUACACAAAUCUAUCUUCUCUUUUCCACCCAACACAUGUUCUUUCUCCUCACUAAAACCGUUUCAAACUUGUUUUUUUUUUGUUUUUUUUUUUAUUUUAAUUUCUAUUUUCCUAAUCUUACUUAACACGUGUUCGUGUUCUUGUUCGGACACUCCUAUGUAGUUUUAGUUAUUUUUUCCAACACUCACAGUUAGGGUUUUGUAAUAAUGGAUUACAACCGAGACGGCAACGUCGUUCAAAUCAUCACCGGCGGAGGCGGAGGCGGCACUGAUAGCUGGUCGAGUGACCAAGCAGAUUGGGCGACGGAAGAUGAGUACCGAUACUGGAACGGAAACGAAGCCGGCGAAACCACUCCGUCUUCGAACUCCAAUUGCGAGAGACAACAGCGUUCGGGAAGCGAGCCGCCGAAUAAGAAAUCGAGAAGCAGUUCGCAAGACGGAGGAAAUGGCGGCGGCGGCGGAUCCAAUCGAGCGAAAGCAAUUGGGAAGAUGUUUUUCAAGACGAAGCUCUGCUGCAAGUUUCGUGUGGGGACUUGUCCUUACAUAACGAACUGUAAUUUCGCUCACAGUGUUGAAGAGCUCCGUCGGCCGCCGGCGAAUUGGCAGGAAAUUGUGGCGGCACAUGAGGAAGAGAGGAACGUGCUUGAGCAGCCGAGGGAGGAGUUUCAGAUUCCGACGGUUGGGUCGAGUACUUUUGUAGGGGAGAGUAUGAAUAAUAGGUCUUAUAAGGGUAGGCAUUGUAAGAAGUUUUAUACCGAGGAAGGUUGUCCUUAUGGAGAUAGUUGCACGUUUCUUCAUGACGAGCAAUCCAAGAAUCGCGAAAGUGUUGCUAUAAGUUUAGGUCCUGGUGGUUAUGGAGGUGGUGGUGGAGGUAGUACUGGUAGUGGUGGUGGUGGUGGUGGCGGUGGUGGUGGUGGUGGUAGUGCUAGUGGUGUUGUUGUUGUUGCGGCUGGUGCUGCAGCGGCUGGAAAUGGAACAAAUUUGAAGCCUUCGAAUUGGAAAACUAGGAUUUGCAAUAAGUGGGAAAUGACUGGGUAUUGCCCCUUUGGUAACAAAUGCCAUUUUGCUCAUGGUGCUACAGAGUUACACAGAUAUGGAGGUGGGCUUAUGGAAGGAGAAAGCAGAGACGGUGUUUCUGUUGUUGCGUCCGACUCAAAACAGGGAGUAUCAUCAAAAAAUCAGGCUGAUAAUGUGGUUGCAUCAACUCCACCUAUAGGUCAUUCAGAUGUUUAUCAUAUUGGAGUCCCUUCACAGAGGCCUUCCAUUGUGAGUCAGCAGCCAGGACAGAGAGCUCAUCAUAAGUGGAAAGGUCCAGAUAAAAUCAGUAGGAUAUACGGCGAUUGGAUCGACGACUUUGACUAGAGGUAUAAUAACUUAUAUUCCCAAUCUCGGAAACAUGGAAAAAUGGCUGAUGAUGAGGGUUUAUCUAUCACCAUGUUGCUGAAUAAGCUAUGAUUUCCAUUCCCAUCUUGUUAUAUUAUCUAAUGUCUUGUGAUCCUUAGCUUCCAGAAGCACUUUGUUCAAUUCACAGAUGAAUGUUCUGUGCACUUACAGCACUUGUAGCACUUUGUUCAAUUCGCAGAUGAUUGUUCUGUGCACUUAUGUUUGGUGAAAGAAUUAAUCUUUUCAAGUUUUUGUUUCGGAGUUUAGAAUGUAACAAAGGCUUCCGUGUUUGCGCAUUUGCGCAUCAGACUGCGUCGCGCAUAAUUGUUCUUUGAAUGGUAUGAAAACACAUUCUAUUGUUUGGAUUUGAGUAUUAUAGAAUAUAAUGGAGAACUUUUUUGUAUCUCAAUCCAUUUCCUUCAUUCAAUCUGGAGGUAUGCAAUGAAAUGGAACUUAUUGAUUAAAUAAUUAAGCUUAUGCCCCUAUUUUUCA